AUGCUCUCACCCUGUCCAGGGGCAUCAGAUGGUGACCCUCAAGGCCAAUUCGUGGUAGUCGAACUGUGUGAUGAGAUCAAGAUCGACACCUUAGUGCUUGCCAACUUCGAAUUCUUCAGUCGCAUGUUCAAGCGAUUCCGAGUUCGCGUCUCUAAGAACUUGCUCGACGAUCCCGAAGACUGGUUCGAUCUGGGUACCUAUCGCGCACGCAACCUCAGAGGUCUUCAGGUCUUCAACGUGCCGCCUCUGACGGGCGACCGCCAAUUCUUCCGGUACAUGCGCAUCGACAUUCUCGAACAUUAUGGGUCAGAGUACUACUGUCCUCUCUCCUUGCUGCGAGUUUACGGGCUCACCCAGCUGGACGAUUUUAAGAAGGAGGAAGAGGAGUCGCAGAGGCUGCUUGAAGCGAUGGCAAAUGAUGAU